CCUCGACACGCGCUGCACACAACCACCUUCCCCUCCCCGACACACCACGCACCAGUUUUAGCGCCGCCGCCUUCGUGCGGGACGAUCACGCGCGCGCACCACUCGCGCGACUCGACUCGCUCGCCCUCGCUCCGACCGGGCCUGCAGUCGCCUUCCCUCGCAGUCUUGCCUCUUGCUCACCUGGCCCUCCCGACACCACACGCCAGACGAGCAUCGCAGAGGUUGAGAGAGAAGCCCCAUUGUUCUAGGCCUCGAGACCAACCCCCACCCCCGCCAAUCACAAUGGACCAGCCACACCCCCACGCCGGCCCGUCUUCGCGCUCCGGGCUCGUGUGGACGCGUGAUGGCCCCGUGCUCAAGAUGGAGGACGCCGUCGUCGAGACUGUCGUGACCCACACGACGCGCACGACGACGUCGUUCGCGCCCAUUCCCCUCCCCCGCAUCCCGGUGCCCGAUGCCAUUCCCAUGCCGACACACCUCUCCUCGUCGGAGGGCUACCCGCUCGCCAACGAGCCCACGCCCGACGACAUGCGCUUCGUCGCGCUCACUCUGGGCGGGCGGCGCGUGCUGGUGCAGGAGGACGGUAACAUUCUGCCCGACGACGCGGGCAUCCCCGGCGAGACGUGUGGCCCGGGCUGGACGCGGUCGUACCCCUCGAGCGGGAACGACGAGCGCGUCGGCCUCGCGGGCUACCUCAACAAGGUCAAGAGCAAGGAGGUGCGCAAGCGCCCACACGAGAGGAGUCGUCCCGUGACGGUUGUAGGGAGCAGCAGCGGUGCUGACGCCCUCGACGAGGGUGGUGUGAGGAAAAAGAUUCGCGCAAGCGAGGACCUCGCAUCGCCACCCGAUGCUAGUGGUGCCCUGCUGUCCCCUCUUCCCUCGCCUGGGGCAGAGGACCGCGAGCUCUCGCCGUCGUCGUCGACGCCCUCGCUCGGCUCGGGGCUUGAAGUCGCCACACUCCUGAGCUUGCCGUCUAUUGUGGCCCACUUUGAGCUCCUUCCCUCCAAGGUCCAGCAGCACGUGCUCAUGCACCUCUUCCGGCGGUCGCGCAUGCCGACGAUUCAGAGGAUCUCGGCGUUCGCGUCCACGGCGCUCAAGCGUGACUUCUUGGCCCUCCUACCCCACGAGAUUGCGGUGCAGGUGUUGCGCAAGGUUGACGUCAAGAGCCUCGCCGCCUCGGCAAGAGUCAGCAAGAAGUGGCGCAAGAUGGUCGACAGCGAGCGGUCCGUGUGGCGCACUCGUCUCGUCGAGGACGGACUGUGGUACGGCCACGGGGUCGAGAGCGAGGAGGAGAUCAAGAUCCAGCGCCGCUUUGAGACGCUCGACUGGAAGGCGAGCAGACAUCGCGCCGUGUCCAAGAAGGCUGGUACGCCCAGCGAGGACGAGUCGAUGGUGUCCGUCACCAACCAGACGGCGUACAUGCUUUCGGUGAACGAUGCGCCACCGCCACCACCAGACGACCGCCCAACUCCGCUCAAGCACAUCUACCGCCGCCGCCACGUCUCAAGUCGCAACUGGCUCAAGUCGAGACCGCAGCACACGUCGUUUGCGGGCCACGGUACCAACGUCGUCACAUGCGUGCAGUUUGACGAGGACAAGAUUGUCUCGGCGUCAGACGACCACUCGAUCAACAUCUACUGCACCCGCACUGGCCAGCUCAAGAAGCGUCUUGACGGGCAUGAGGGCGGCGUCUGGGCACUCGAGUACAAGGGUGACACCCUUGUUAGUGGGUCGACGGACCGUACCGUCCGUGUUUGGGAUCUCGAGUCGCUCCAGCAGUCGCACGUCUUCUUUGGCCACACGUCCACAGUUCGAUGCCUGCAGAUUGUCGAGCCUGUCUUUGACGAGGCGACGGGCGAGUACCAGCCCCCAUACCCCAUGAUCGUCACCGGAUCAAGAGACGCGUCUCUGCGAGUCUGGAAGCUUCCCAAAAAGGGCGAGCCGGCGUACAUGUCGUCGAGCCGCGGCUCUGACGCCCAUGUGCCGCCAGAGCAGAACCCUUUCCAUGUCCACCACCUCGAGGGACACUCUGAGGCUGUUCGCGCGCUCGCGGCUCACGGUCGCAUCUGUGUGUCGGGAUCAUACGACAAGACUGUUCGAGUGUGGGACAUUGUCAAGGGCACGUGUAUCCAUGUGCUGUUUGGCCACGAGCAGAAGGUCUAUAGCAUCGUCUAUGACCGCUUCCGCAACCGUUGUGCCUCGGGCUCGAUGGACAACACGGUCAAGGUCUGGGACAUUGCCACUGGAACAUGUCUACACACGUUAACUGGUCACACUUCGCUCGUCGGAUUGCUGGGCGCAUCGCCAAACUACAUUGUGUCGGCCGCGGCCGACGCAUCACUACGCGUCUGGGACGCCAACACGCACGAGCUCAAGCACGUCCUUUCAUCGCACGCAGCAGCCAUCACCUGCUUCCAGCACGACGAGACCAAGGUUGUGAGCGGUAGCGACGGCACCCUCAAGCUGUGGGACAUUCGCACUGGCCAGUGUGUGCGUGACCUCAUUGUUGGCAUCUCGUCCGUGUGGCAGGUGGCCUUCCACGGUAACCUGCUAGUCGCUGCGUCCAACAGAGCCGGUAACACGGUGUUUGACGUCUUUGACUUUGGCGCGGAGCCAGACCCAUCCGGCGUCGACAACGAAAGACUCGACAGGCUGCGCCGUCCACCCUGGGAGAGGGGCAACCCCAGAGAGCCCCAGACGUACCAGUCAGACGAUCUCCAGGACCUCGAGCUCGACUCUGUGUCCACACGAGACAGCCGCGUGCCGUCGCCCGACACUGCCGAGAUGCUGCGCAAGCUCGGCGUCAGUCCACAGACCCGGCGGUCAAACCGCUUAGCCGGUCGCACGGGGAUUACCGACAUGCUUCGCAUGAACCGGACGAGCAGUGGUUCGCCGGGCGGCACCGCGACGACAUCGUCGACCCAAGGCGCGUGGGGAGCGACGGCGACCCCGACGGCGGCCGACGACGCUGCUACCAAUGGCGGCGAUGUCAGCAUCUCUGGCGACGUCGACAUUGACGACGCCGGGGGUGACGGCUCUGCUGGGGUCAGCGGAUCGAGCGAGGAGCAGGAUGAGCUGUUCCCCGACGAGGAUGCGGUGAUGGCUGAGGACAUGGAGUAG